GAGCAUAGGCAAAACUGAAAAUGGUUGGAUGACUAGUGAAAGUUUUUUUGAAUACAAAGUAAAUGUAUUCUAUCCGUGGUUAAUACAACAAAAUAUAGAGUUUCCAGUGAUACUGUACAUGGAUGGACACUCAUUGCAUUUUACUCUUCCACUUAGUACAUUUUGCAGAGUAAAAAGCAUUAUUCUGAUAGCCUUGUUUCCUAACUCGACUCAAGUUAUACAACCUCUGGAUAGAACAUUUUUUAGAACACUGAAGAAAGCAUGGGGACAAGCUGUUGAAGAUUUUAAGCGUGAAAAAUGUACUAUUAAUAUAAAAAAAGAAGACUUUGGGAAUAUUUUGAAAACUGCUCUCGGUACUCUAGAUUUAAAGACUAUAAUGAAAAAUGGUUUUGAAGUGUGUGGUCUUUCUCCAUUUAAUGCUGAUAAAGUUAAUUAUGCACUUUUAAAAUAUAGAAAUGCAGAAAAUAUUAGCAAUAAAAAUGUAGAAAAUUUGAAUUUAUCUAUGGCAGUAUGGUAUAGGAUGGAGGGCAGCACUAAGAAUGGAGCUUGCAUUUUUUGA